AUGUUUCUAUCUCCGGAUCGCGACCUGUCGCCCGGAUCGCCCGAUCUCGGAGGACACACCCCAGCGGUCCCCGAUCGGCCUGGGUCUCCGCGCCAUCUAGAUCAUCCCGGAUCGCAGAUCCCUCGUCUGCAGGACAAGUUCAAACCUGCUCCAUCGUCUUAG